CUUCUCCUCUUCUACGACGCUCACCAAUCGCGUUCGGUAACACGCGCAGCAUACAUGUCUAGCAUGCUACCUAGCACUAUAUCCGGCGGGGAAACCGCUGUCCUUGUUUCACUACCAUCGACACUACCAUCGACACUACCAUCGACACUACCAUCGCCUGCUAAUCCACAGCACUUACCAUGUCUCCAGCUCGCCUAUCAACUCAAUCGCUCUUACGCGUCUCAGGGCCAUUCGCACCCCGCCCUCGAUGGUUCCAGUCACCGUUGAGUCGCGCGCUCGCGACCUCGUCCAAGUAUCAGCAAGCUUCUGUCGCAACAGGCAUACGUGUAGAUCACGCCGAAAGCAAUGACAACCGUACCGUAGCAGCAAUGGGCCGCACCAAGUCAGGCAUAGCCCUCAAAGUUCGCAAAUACCCCACCUUUACACGCCUUGAGGACGAACGUCUCUACCGAAAACAACAUCUCGCAGCCGCCUACCGCAUCUUCGCCUCACGUGGCUUCGACGAAGGGGUCGCCGGUCACAUUAGUGUGCGCGACCCUAUCCUGACGGACCAUUUCUGGCUCAACCCCCUGUCUGCGCAUUUCUCUCUGAUACGCGUGUCAGAUCUUAUACUGGUGAAUGAGGAAGGGGAGGUGGCGGAAGGUGAUCAGCCGAUCAAUGCUGCGGCUUUUGCCAUUCACAGCGCUAUACACAAACGGCGGCCAGAUGUAGAUGCUGCGUGCCAUGCGCACAGUGUGCAUGGCAAGGCCUUCAGCGCAUUUGGCAGGGAAUUGGAUAUGAUAACACAGGACAGUAUACGCUUCUACAAGAGCCAUGGCGUGUACAACCAAUUUGGUGGUGUUGUGCUGGCCAGUGAAGAAGGCGAGAGGAUAGCCGAUGCGCUGGGCGACGGCAAAGCAGCCAUCCUCCAAAAUCACGGUAUUCUCACCGUAGGCAAAACCGUCGAUGAAGCAGCUUUUUGGUUCCUCUCCCUCGAUAAGACGUGCCAAGCACAACUCCUAGUCGAUGCAGCCUCGGCUGGAAGUGGACACAAGCCCAAGAUCAUUCCGGACAGUGAGGCGGCUGAAACAUACAAGAAUGUUGGAACACCGGAGAAGGGGUGGCUGGCAUUUCAGAGCUACUAUGAUGAGGUUCUUGCUAAGACUGGGGGCGACUUCUUACAGUGAAACGAACAAUGUCUUUUGUCCACAUAAGGUUGGCGUUGAGCCUGGUUCAACCGCUGUCAUCAUGGAACUUCUCCCAGGAGUUGGUUUUGUCUAUCUCGCGACUACCUGCUUCCGAGCCAUCUGUUCCCAAGAGACUA